UUAAAAAUGAGGAACUGAACUGUACAGGUCAAUGAGCAAACAGAAACUAUGAGCUGCAUGUGAGCAGAGCUUAUAGGAGUAAAGUUGUAUUUAUUCAAAACAAGACUUUACAACUCACAUUAAAAGUUAUUAAAAGCCUUGAAUUCCUUGAAAUAAUGCUUAUUGCUCAUCACCUUCAAGGUUAAAGUUUUACAUAAUCUUUUUAGUCUCUCUUUAAUGUAAUGUUAUGUAUAUUUUUUUGCGGUGUGCUACUUCCAAACAAAACUUUUAUGGUUUAGAAUCAGCAGUUUUGAAUCAGAACAUGUCUUUGGUGGUGGGAGAUAAUAAAAAAGUAAAGUUAAUUUGGAUCUGUGGGGGAGACAAAUGUCAAAAUCUAAAAUCACAGCUCGUGUAAAACAUUUAUAUUUCACAAGAUAGAAAAGAAUUUAACUAAAUGAUGGUUCAACAAACACACACGUCACUAAAAAGAUGCUUUAUUAAUCCUUUAAGCCUAUAUUUUCUCCUUCAUUUCUCUUGUAGGCCCUGUACCGGGCCCAUCGGGCUCAACAGGUUCUGAUGUCAGACUUCUGUUGAAAUGCAUUGGUUUUCUUAUAAACUAGGGUUAAACGUCAAACCCUUUAUGUGCUCUGUCGGUCUAUUUAUUUACAGGAUCAGGGGGAAAUGCAAAUAGUUCCUCCUGUUUCACAUCAGGAGGAACUGAAAUUUAUUCUAUCUCGGCCAUGUUGAAGACAUUUUUCACAGUGGCAUCAGUUUUUUUUUAAAUCUGGUAGGUGGGGGCGCAGCGAGCAGGUGGACCACGUAUAUAAACUGCUCCUACAGUUCUCAUAGACACGAGAAGAAAAACAUUUCAACACAGAGUCUGAAGACGUCCGAGGAUGGCCACGCUCAUAUUAACACUGCUUCUCUCCGUAGGUCUCCAGGGCUACGCUCUGACUGCAAAUCAUGAAGUUUCUCCUGACACCAUAGAAAAUGGGGAUGUCUGCAAGGACUGCACCCAAAUAUUUGAAGGUAUAGAAGACCUGCUUUCCAACUCAGACCUACAGAAAAAGAUCAUGGCAGGGAUUGACAGCCUGUGUGCUCAUCUGCCCGAGCCGGCUGCUAAACUCUGCAAAGAAGAGGUGGACAAGAUGCUCCCUCUGGCCAUCACCUUUGUCACAGGAAUGGCGAAACCGGCAGACAUCUGCAAAAUGAUCGGCCUCUGCAGCUCCAGCGACCAACAGGAGAAAAUGCUCAGCUACUUUGUUACUGAGGCUCUUCAGGCUGCGGUGAAAAGUGAAAAUGGAAAGCCUGAAAGCACGUGCUCAUUCUGCAUUUUCCUCGUCAAGACUUUGGAAGAUCUGCUGCCCAAAGAGAGGACCGAGGACGCUGUGAUCAAACUGCUGGAUGAAAUCUGUCACAUUCUGCCGUCGUCCUAUCGCGGCCAGUGCGAGGCAAUUAUCGACAAAUUCACCAAGCCGGUGCUGGAUGCAAUUAUCAGCUACGCCACCCCCGAGGCCAUCUGUGCCCUCAUCCACUUGUGUAAAGGGCAGGAGGCUCUAGUUGUGGACCCGUGCACGCUGCCUCUGUACAGGUGCAGAGACAUCCGGACUGCCCUCACAUGUGGAACUCUUUUCUACUGUCAGAAGUUCACCUUGAAGCCUCUGAGCAACAAUCUCAUUUAAAAGGUUUCGGUCUGGAUGAAGAACCUGAAUCAAGCUGCAAAUAUUUUUCAAUGAAUGCAUUUCGUAUCUUACUGCAUUUUAUGGUUUUGCUUGAUAUAUUAUCUGCAUGGGGGAAAACAAAUCCACCAAAAGGAGUAUCUGGAUUUGAGCUGUAAAGGAAUGCUACAAAGAUACGACUGUUUUACUAAAUUCUUCAUGUUAAAACAGAGCAAACAUAACAUUUUUUGUACCUAUGAGCUUUUAUUCUAUUUAUCGAGUUCACUAGUUUCUGUAAAGUGCUUUGUUGUAAUCUUCUGCACACAGUUAUAUCAAAUAAAAUAUGUGAGGAGGCCGGAAUAAAACAGUUUCUUAUGAAUGAA